UCCUUUGGAAUAUUGCGACCCAUCAAGCACGGUCCCACUGAUUGUGAAAUCCGCUUUGAUAACAACGAAAAACACAAGAAUUUCGAGGAUUCCAUCACAAUGCAGAAAGUGCUGGGAAGAAUCCAGGCGCAGCUCCUGCGCUGCCGCGCCACAAAUGCUGUGGCCACAGCGGUCAGACACGAGGCAACCUCAUCCAGGACAGCUCCGAAACCGGCAGCCACAUCCAAAGAAUUUCGGGAGCGACAGGUGCGCUUCAACAUCAAGAACGAACAGACCGAGGGACGCCCACUGUACCUGGACGCCCAGGCCACCACGCCGAUGGACCCACGUGUGCUAGACGCCAUGCUGCCCUACCUCACCAACUACUACGGCAAUCCCCAUUCGCGCACCCAUGCCUACGGCUGGGAAACGGAGCAGGCGGUGGAGAAGGCACGUGAGCAGGUUGCCACCUUGAUUGGCGCCGAUCCCAAGGAGAUCAUCUUCACCUCAGGCGCCACCGAGUCCAACAAUAUUUCCGUAAAGGGAGUUGCCCGAUUCUAUGGCGUCAAGAAACGGCAUGUGAUUACCACCCAGACGGAACAUAAGUGCGUUCUUGACUCGUGCCGAGCACUAGAAAACGAGGGUUUCAAAGUCACCUACCUUCCGGUGCUGGCCAACGGACUUAUCGACCUCCAGCUGCUGGAGGAGACCAUAACGUCGGAAACCUCACUGGUGUCCAUCAUGACAGUGAACAACGAGAUCGGCGUGAGGCAACCCAUCGACGAGAUCGGCAAGCUGUGCCGCUCCCGAAAAGUAUUCUUCCACACGGACGCCGCACAAGCGGUGGGAAAAAUCCCGCUGGACGUAAACGCCAUGAACAUCGACCUCAUGUCCAUAUCGGGGCACAAGAUCUACGGCCCGAAGGGUGUGGGUGCCCUCUAUGUGCGGCGCAGGCCCAGGGUGCGCCUGGAACCCAUCCAAAGUGGCGGAGGACAAGAGCGCGGUUUGAGGAGCGGCACGGUUCCAGCUCCGUUGGCCGUGGGAUUGGGAGCUGCUGCCGAACUGGCUCUGCAGGAGUUGGAAUACGACAAGAAGUGGGUAGAUUUUCUAUCCAACCGCCUGCUGGACAGGAUUACGAGUGCCUUGCCACAUGUCAUCAGGAACGGCGAUGCCGAAGCCACCUACAAUGGCUGCCUGAACUUGUCUUUUGCCUACGUCGAGGGCGAGUCCCUGCUGAUGGCCCUUAAGGAUGUGGCACUGAGCAGUGGUUCUGCCUGCACCUCCGCCUCCCUGGAGCCCUCAUACGUGCUGCGGGCCAUCGGCACAGACGAGGACCUGGCCCAUAGCUCCAUUCGCUUCGGCAUCGGUCGCUUCACCACCGUCGAGGAGGUGGACUACACCGCCGACAAGUGCAUCAAGCACGUGGAGCGACUUCGCGAAAUGUCGCCGCUGUGGGAGAUGGUCCAGGAGGGCAUCGACCUGAAGACCAUCCAGUGGUCACAGCACUAAUGUAAUAAUAUUGUAAGCCGUUACUGUUACCCCAGACUUUGAAAGCAAGGGAAAUAAAUUAGUUUGAAGAGUA